AUGGACUUAAUUCUUCUCCAUGAUGAGGAACUUCGUAAAUUACCAAAAGCUGCAGGUAAUAAUCAGUAUUUAUCUCCAAUUAUUCAAAAAGAUAUCGCUACUUGUUUUGAGGAAGAAAUUCUAAGUAAUAUUUUCAAAGACAUUGGCGAUGAUGUGUUUGCUUUGUUAGUUGACGAGUCUAGUGAUGUGUCAAAAAAGGAACAAAUGGCAAUUGUAUUGCAAUACAUUGAUACACAUGGACUUGUUAAAGAGAGAUUUGUUGGUCUUGUACAUGUGAUGGAGACGUCAUCUUCGGCUCUUAAGUCUGCCAUCGACACCUUUUUUGCUAAAUAUGGAUUAAGUUUUAAAAGGCAAAGAAGCCAAGGAUAUGAUGGAGCAAACAAUAUGUGUGGUCAAUUUAACAGCUUAAAAGCAAAGAUUUUAGAAGAAAAUAGUUCAGCAUAUUAUGUGCAUUGUUUCGCUCACCAGCUUCAGUUGGUAGUUGUGACGGUUGCAAAAAAAAAACAUUUAGGUGUUUUGAACUUCUUCGAUAAUUUAAGUAUUUUGAUGAAUGUGGUGUGUUCUUCUUGUAAACGAACAGACAUACUUCGAGAAAACGAGAAAGAGAGAGUUGAAAAGAAAUUGGUAGUGGCUUACUUGAAACAGGAAGUGGGUUAA